AUGGCGCUCACCAGCUUUUUGCCUGCACCCACUCAGCUAUCUCAGGACCAAUUUGAAGCUGAAGAAAGAGCAAGAUCUCAGAGAUCGCGGCAGACCUCUUUGGUCUCUUCACGAAGAGAGCCUCCCCCGUAUGGGUACCGGAAAGGCUGGAUUCCACGUUUGUUAGAGGAUUUUGGAGAUGGAGGUGCUUUCCCAGAAAUCCAUGUGGCCCAGUAUCACCUGGAUAUGGGGCGAAAGAAAAAAAUGUCGAAUGCACUGGCCAUAUAGGUGGAUCCUGAAGGGAAAAUCAAAUACGAUGCAAUCGCUCGACAGGGGCAGUCCAAAGACAAGGUCAUUUACAGCAAAUACACUGACCUGGUUCCAAAGGAGGUUAUGAAUGCAGAUGACCCAGACCUGCAAAGGCCUGAUGAAGAAGCUAUUAAAGAGAUAACAGAGAAGACAAGAGUAGCCCUGGAGAAGUCCGUAUCACAGAAGGUUGCUGCAGCCAUGCCAGUUCGUGCAGCUGACAAGCUGGCUCCUGCUCAGUAUAUCCGCUACACACCAUCUCAACAAGGUGUAGCAUUCAACUCUGGAGCUAAACAGAGAGUUAUUCGGAUGGUAGAAAUGCAGAAAGAUCCAAUGGAGCCACCAAGAUUCAAUAUUAAUAAGAAAAUUCCUCGGGGACCACCAUCUCCUCCUGCACCUGUGAUGCAUUCUCCUAGUCGGAAGAUGACUGUAAAGGAACAGCAAGAGUGGAAGAUUCCCCCGUGUAUUUCCAACUGGAAGAACGCAAAGGGUUAUACAAUUCCUCUGGAUAAGCGGCUGGCUUCUGAUGGAAGAGGACUUCAGACCGUGCACAUAAACGAAAAUUUUGCCAAACUGGCUGAAGCUCUAUACAUUGCUGAUCGGAAGGCUCGUGAAGCUGUGGAAAUGCGAGCCCAAGUGGAGAGAAAGAUGGCUCAGAAAGAAAAGGAGAAGCAUGAAGAGAAACUUAGAGAAAUGGCCCAGAAAGCCAGAGAGAGGAGAGCUGGGAUCAAAACCCACGUAGAAAAAGAGGAUGGAGAAGCACGCGAAAGGGAUGAAAUCCGUCAUGACAGGCGAAAAGAGAGACAGCAUGACCAGAACCUUUCCAGGGCAGCACCUGAUAAGAGGUCAAAACUACAGAGAAAUGAAAAUCGAGAUAUCAGUGAAGUCAUUGCUCUUGGCGUGCCCAAUCCUCGAACUUCCAAUGAAGUUCAGUAUGACCAGAGGCUCUUCAACCAAACCAAGGGUAUGGACAGUGGAUUUGCAGGUGGAGAAGAUGAAAUUUAUGUUUAUGAUCAGGCCUGGAGAGGUGGUAAAGAUAUGGCUCAAAGCAUCUACAGGCCUAGUAAAAACCUGGACAAGGAUAUGUAUGGUGAUGACCUAGAAACCAGGAUAAAGACCAACCGGUUUGUUCCUGAUAAGGAGUUUUCUGGUUCAGACCGUAGACAGAGAAACCGAGAGGGACCAGUUCAGUUUGAGGAAGAUCCUUUUGGUUUGGACAAAUUUUUGGAAGAAGCCAAACAGCAUGGUGGUUCUAAAAGACCUUCUGAUAGCAGUCGCCCUAAGGAGCAUGAGCACGAAGGCAAGAAGCGGAGGAAGGAGUAGAUAGGAUCCUCUCCUGAA